ACCCUUUCCGAACUCCCUAUGCUUUCCCUCUCCCUUUCGCGAGCGCUUAAACCAGAGGGCGGUUUCAGUACUUCCCCCGAAAGUUCCUUCCUUUACAAGCCCAGGAUGGAAAGCUCGCCUCUUUAUCUCCGUUUGCUCUCUCCCCAUUCCCUCUCUCACCACUUGCCGAUCUCCGAUCUCUUCUUGUUGUUGUUCUUGUGGUGGUGGUGGUGGUUGUAGGGUGAGAGGAGGAGGAGGAGGAGGAUAUGGGGCGAGGGAAGAUUGAGAUCAAGCGGAUCGAGAACUCAACCAACCGGCAGGUGACCUUCUCCAAGCGGCGCAACGGGAUCAUCAAGAAGGCCAGGGAGAUCAGCAUCCUGUGCGAGGCCCAGGUCUCCGUUGUCAUCUUCUCCAGCUCCGGCAAGAUGUCGGAGUACUGCAGCCCCGCUGCCACGUUGCCGAAAAUCUUGGAGAGGUACCAGCAGAACUCCGGGAGGAAGCUCUGGGAUGCCAAGCAUGAGAGUCUGAGUGCUGAGAUCGAUCGGAUUAAGAAAGAGAACGACAACAUGCAGAUCGAGUUGAGGCAUCUGAAGGGUGAGGAUCUCAACUCACUCAACCCCAAGGAGCUGAUCCCUAUCGAAGAUGCCCUCCAGAUUGGGCUCACCAGCGUGAGGGAUAAGCAAAUGGAGAUCUGGAAGUUGCACAAGAAGAAUGAAAGGUUGCUUGAGGAGGAGAACAAACAACUUACUUAUAUGUUGCAACUGGCGAUGGAUGGAAAUGUCCGAGAACUGGAGAUUGGGUAUCACCAGAAAGGCAGGGAGUUUGCCCCCCACAUGACGACGAUGGCCUUUCAUGUGCAACCGAUCCAACCCAACUUGCAGGAAAAUAAAUGAUGAUAAGAUCUAGUCAUUUGUCAGUUGAUCCUGUUGCUGCUAUAUUAUCUGUAGAAGAACUAUCUUUCCUUGUUUUCUUUAACAUGGCCUCUUUCUCACUGUGUCCGAACUAUUAUGCUACCGAAUGCUUGCCAUAAAACUUUACCAGAUAAAAGUUAUUACUUUUUGAUA